AUGACACCUGAAAGAACGCCAAAUAACGAUGAACAACCUGCUUUACUGGCGUUCUCUGAUGUUACUCCCUCAACUACUCCAGAAGAAACACCACAUAUUUCGGAAUCUGGAAUCGAAUCACCCAAAAUUCUGCAAAAGACUUUAAAUGUAAAUUUUUAUUUAUUUUUAGAGAAUUCUAUAAAAAUGAUUUCGGAAAAAUUCCCGUCGAGAACUUUUGCGGAAAAGAUGGAACCCGCCCUUAAAACUUUUAAACCAGUUUUUUCAAAAAUCCCGCCGAUUUAUAUAAUACUGUAUCUACUUAUCAUCUUUACAUGGAAUCAUCUACAAAAAUCACAUUUGAUAUUAUUAGUACUUGGAUGCUUACUUGGCUACAUGCUUCAAAAUAAUUCGGUUGCAUCUAGCCGACAAAAAAGUGUCAUAUACCAAGAACCAUAUAUACAGCAAAAUAUCGAAAGUUCUCUACAGGCUAUAAAGAGUGCCGAAAAAGUAACUUCAACGGAGCUUUCAAUAACGCCUCAAGUAAACGAGGCACUAAAUAAGACUUUUGAUUUUAUUAUCCGAGAUUUAGUUAAUUCUUUUUAUGAUCCGAUAAAUCCAAAUAAAAAUUCCGAAUUUUCCAACCAAGUACGAAAUGCUAUGAAUAUAAUGUCAAUGAAUUUGGCUCUGUGCCUUCAAAAAAUAGAUCAAAUGGAAGUAGGUAUUAUGUCGAGCUUUGCAAUCGCAAACACUUUCAUUAUUCACCUGCGUGAAUAUAGAAAGUUUAUUGCAACAAAUCAAUCUUUAGAAGCUUAUUGCGAACAAAAUAAAUCUUCACCAUUUGUACAUACUAUAAACAGAGAAUCUCAAAUACAGACUCUCCGUUGUUUGUCAAAAUUAAUGUUGAUGCGUCUUCUACCAUCAGAAGAAAUUCAAAGUCAUGUUUUGAUGGCAUUUCUUACUGAACUAUGGACAACGCAUGUUCUAGGAACGGCUCUCGAAACGGUGUGUGAUCCCGAUUGGCUAAAUUGGACUAUUGUUGAGUAUUUGACAAACAAAAGUACAGAUGAAACUCAUGAUACUACCUUAUUUCAACAACUAGCAACUUCAAUUGAUGAGGAAGUAGCUGGUCUAUCCGAAAAAUUAAGCCAACCCUCUGCUGAUAGCAAAUCACCGAUGUUGAACAAUCAAUUGAUAACAUCAUCACCUAUAUCAUAUCAGUUAAACUCACCACUUGAUUCCUCUUUCAAAGAGCAAAAAAAUUUAGUUGUCGAAUCACUUACAGAGAUUCCUCCAGACGUUACAAUUCAGUCUGCCGCUGAUGACAAAGAACUAGUGUUGAACGAUCAAUCAUUAACAUCAUCAUCCAAGUCAUCUCAAACAAAUUUCCUACUUGAUUCCAAUCCUGAAACUUUUGAAGAGCCAGAGAGUUCAAUUGAUGCACCUAUAGAGAUCCUUCCGGAUGUUACGGUUGAAGAUUUUACAGAAUCGCCAAAUUUUUCACCAUCUCGGCCAUUCAUGCGUUCUGUGAAUUCAGAAAAAUUACGAUUUAUCCUUGAGCGUCAAAAUGAAGCCUUUGCUGAAUUUAUGGCCUUUUUGGAAGAACGUGAAGCUGCAAAUUUACUUCGAUUUUGGCUCCAAGCUGAUUCGUUCAGGAAAAUUGCAUCCGAUGAACCAAAUAUAAAUUUGAUGCAAGAAGAUGCUUUGAGAAUUUUUAAUGCUCAUUUUGGUGAUGCCGCUACAUAUCCUGUAAAAAUAGCGAGCGAAAUGAUAGUCAACCAAUGCAUGCGAGAGAUAUUAAAGGCACCUACGUGUAAUUGCUUUGUAACUUUACAAGAAUACGUAUUUGGUGUGUUGGAGAGUGAAUAUUUUGAUGAUUUUGUUCUGGCGAUGAGAACUCGAGGUGAAGAUAUGAAUUUUAUGUAUAUUGAAGAGCCUGAACAAAUGGAACAAUCGAAAAAUCAUCUUAGAUCUGUUUCAGAAAUAUCAAUAAGGGGAAAUUUAUUUAAACGACAUACAACGGGUAAUUUAUCCCCUAUUUCGAACAAUUCAGAAUACUUAGACGAUUCAUCAAGUUAUGAUAAACAGUCGAACGGUCUGCUGACAAGCGAAACAUAUCGUUCCAGAUCAUAUUCAGCUGGAAGCUUGGUUGAUGCAUUGAGUAAUUUCACAUCAUCACUUAGGAAGAGAAAUUCAUAUACUUCUAUAGAAGAUAUGACUGAUAGUGAUUCAGAAUCACCCCAAAUAAUGCCUAAGAUGGAUCUCAACGGAGUGAGAAUUAAGAUGACAGAUGUGUCUGAAUCAUCACCAAAUAAAUAUAUUUACUCUACUAAGUCGCUUUCCUAUAUGAUCGAGGUAGAACGACCUGGCUCUACUGGAUGGAUAAUGACACGAUUUUUUAGUGACUUUGAGAAAAUGCAUUCUGCUUUAACAAAGAUUUUUCCAAAAGCUGAGAAAGUUUCAAUGCCACGUUUAAUGUUAAAGAAGAGUCAAGUGGCUUGUAACUCUUUAGAAAGAUAUUUAAAUAUUUUAUUGAGCGACCUAACAUUAUGUGAGAGUGAACCACUUCAAAAAUUUAUGAAAAGAGAUGGUAUUUCAAAUGAAGGAUUGGCAAAGUCUGUUAGUAAAAAUGGGAGUGCAAAUUCAACAAUAUCAGUUCCAAAAUCUGUAUCUAUGGUCAAUAUUUUAAGCCCUGGUACGCAAGAUGCUAUUAAUAAUAAAGAAAAUAGUUUAGAAGAAUCUUUAUCAUUGAAGAGAUUUCCAGAUAGUUCUCUUCAAGAACAUUUAAAUGUCUCUCAAAAUAUAAUUACAGAAAUGAUCCAAGAAAUAUCUGAGGAAACCUCUGUCAAGGAUACACUUACUCCAAUGUCUUCUAAUGUGAGCCCUAGUGUUGAAAGUACUAUUUCAACAUGGGAAUCUAGCAAUAUUGUUGCACCAGUAUCGUCUAAUGAAAAUGACACUUCGCCAACUAUUAUAAAUGACAAUGCAGAGUCCAAUAAAGAACCUAUUUUGGAAGGGCUCAAUAUCCAUUAUAAUGUUACUGCUUCAAACUCUUUAGAAUCAUCUAAGGUUCCUCUAAUUGGACCACCACCAGCUCCUAAAAAACGAACUCGACCUAAUAUGCAAAUGGCUAGUCAUAAUGUAGAUUUACUUAUUGAUACUAGUUUUGCUAUUGUUGAAGAAAUAUUUGAUUUAUCAGAUAAAUCUCAAUGGCAUCUUAGAAAAACAGUUCUUUCGGUUCUUCGAGGAGUUGUGCGGAAAUCAUAUACGGAAGCGAUCAAGCAGUCUUAUUUAUUAACAAUCAAUUCGCUUUUCACUGAAGAAUAUGCUAUUUCACUUAUUGACAAUUUGAACAAAUCGCUUUGGCCAGAUGGUGUUUUGGCUGAUUUAAUUCAACAACGAAGUGAGGAAGAAAAAUUGCAAACUAAAGAGGAAGCUAAACGAUUACUUUUACAAAAGGUUAUACCUGAUUCGUUAAAACAAGUGAUGGGUUAUGAAAAUUCUAAAAUUAUGAUUGGAAGGUUGGUUGAUGGAUUUUUGGCAGAGAAAGAGGUAUUAAGAGGAAUGGGUAUUAAUAUUCUAGAAAGUGUUUUCAAACUUAUUAUAAAUGACUAA